AAGAAAUUUUGCAGAGAUGCUUUAUUGCUUCGAAUCCCUUCAUGUUUAUAUCAAGAUGGAAAUCAUUAUGCAGAAGUUACUGAUCAUAAAUUUAGGAGGCCAUGGACAAGAGUCUCAGCUGUUUCAGUUUGGGGAAUGACUGAUAGCUCAAUCUUGGACCAAUGGAAAGCAAGCAUUGGGGAGGAAUUCCUUGAGAAAAAAACAGUUACAGGAAUGGUGACUCAGAUUAACUCUGAAUUUGAAGAAAUUGUUCCAAGUUCAAACCCAAACUCCCAAACUGAAGUCGAUGAAGCCAUCUUACACACUCAGAAGGACUACACUGAAGUCUUUACACCUGUUAGCUGUUUAGAAAAAUGUCCAGCAUUUCAAGCACAGAACCAAGAUUUGUUUUUUGAUGAUGAAGAGAUAAUUUUCACAAAUAAUUUGAUGACCUAUAAAAGUUAUCUACCAACCUUGGAUACUCUGUUGAGUAGGCUGAAACUGUUUUUGAUAGAGGACCCCCUUUUAGAUUUCAAAGAACAGAUCGCCACAGAUGCUGAUUUUUUCGGGGAAUGUUUCUCUUUUCAAGGAGAUUUGAAAGAUCUUAUGAAAGAAGAUUUUUAUGUGGAUAAAGAGAACUUUUGUCAGGAGAAACUAGAAGAUACACCAUCAGUGUUUUCUGAGUGUGAAUUAAUAGCUCCAAACCUUGAUCAAGAAGUUGGUAUUCCAUCACUUUCAGAACUGAAGGAGUCAUUACACUUAGUGCCAGAAAUAAUAACUUACGAAGAUGAAAAUGAAUAUGAAAAGCUUUUCAAAAGAGAUCCUACUACCAAGCAUGCAAUUGACACUGAAGAUAUAAAAUGCAGCUCCACAGAGAAUUUGGCCAUUCAAAGCCAAUGCAAACCAGAGCACCAUAAACCAGAAGAGUUAGAAGAAGAGUUAGAAAUGCUAUUGCCUCCUCUACACCUAGCAAACCAACAUUCUUCUGUGAAUUCUUUAUGUACAGGACUUCAGACAUUUCCAUUUUCUCCUGUUUGUAAAAUUAGUUUGCUUACUGCUGAAAAAUCAGCUAAUGAAGACUGUACAGUGUUGGAAUCCGAAAGCUGCAGAAGCUCUCAGAACUCAUGUUUGCUUCCAGUGCCAAGAACAGAAGAGCCCAACAAUCAAUACUCAGUUACAGAUUUGAAGAAGAAAUUUUCAAUUGAGGAAGAAAGCCUUGUGGUUACUCCUGUGAGCACAGAGUGCGCGAAACAAGCAGGACUAAAUCCGAGAGUGACAGAAACUUUGGAACAUCUGACUACAUAUGUCAGCAAUCAGGAUCUACCUUCAGAUGACACUAAAGUGGAGGUAUUUUUGCCUACAAAAGUACCUGAACUAGAAUCAUGGCUAGACCAUAAAAGUUGUUCCUCACCUAUUGUACUUAUGAAUGAGGAAUCUACAAGUGAUAAUUUAUUACUUCAACGAAAAAGUCCAUCUCCAGCAGAAGUACCAGAUCUGUGUUUUUCUGAUGAAUAUAGCUCUGUUCAUAGUCCAACAAAAGAGGAAAAACCAAAGGAUGAUCAAGAACUAGUUAGUAGUAUAAUCCAAAAUAAUGAAAAUAAAGAUUGCUUGGAACUUGACUACACAGAACUAUCUACUGAAUCAGCGUCCUCUUCAAAAAUUGAAAAAGCAUCUUUUAAAUGUAGUAAAAGGCGGGAGAAUCAUUUGGAACUUUUGAGUGACUUUAUUAUGAUGAGAAAUAAACAUAAAACUUGUACCUCAAAGACUGAAGUCACAGAUAGUGAUGAAAAAAAUGAAUUUCAAGAUAAAGAAGAACAUUCUUUGACUCUUCAAGAAGAAAGUCCUAUUGUUUAUACUAAUAAAACUGUAGAGAAAAUAAAUCAGGAGAGGGGAGCAGACAAUGUCAUUGAGAUUCAAGCAUCAGAUAGCCAGUGCCACGCGUACUGUCUCCUAGAAGCAGCAGCUACUCCUAUCUUAAAAAAACUCGGGUGCCUCUGUACUCGCCCUGUUGCUAGUUGGAAAUUUGCCACCGUUCUUUUUGACCAAACAAGAUUCCUCUUAAAGGAACAAGAGAAAGUAGUAAGUGAUGCUAUUCAUCAAGGUACAAAUGCUGAAAGAGAAACAACAUUUAGGCAUGCUGGUCUCUUACACCUUCUGGUCACAAUUCGAGAUGUCCUUUUAACAUGUAGCUUGGACACAGCACUGGGAUAUUUGUCAAAUGCAAAAGAUGUGUACAAAAGCGUUUUAGGCUCCUAUUUGGAUGACAUUUGGAGACAGCUAGAGAUUGUACAGUUUAUUAGGGAAAAAAUGCCUGAAACCAACUACAAAAUACAAGAAUUGCAGUGUCAGAUAUUAAAUCGGAUGCAAAGUGAACAGCAAAUUAAGGUGCUGAUUAUAAUAAGAAUGGACUCAGAUGAUGAAAAACAUCUACUCAUUGAAAUCCUUAACAAAAUGGAAGGUUUAACAUUGACUGUCUUACAUUCAAACAAAAGAAAAGAUUUUCUGGAAUCUGAAGGUGUUUUAAAUAGUACAAGUUCCUGUGUAGUGGUACCUAAUCAAUAUAUUGGAGCAGAUUUCCCCUGGAGUAAUUUCUCAUUUGUGGUGGAAUACAAUUACGUAGAAAACUCUUGUUGGACUAAACACUGUGAACAAUUAAAUAUUCCAUACAUGGCCUUUAAAGUGAUGCUUCCAGACACAGUUUUAAAGAGAAACAACUUGCUGGAUAGUUUUGGUGGUUUUCUUUUGGAAAUCCAGGUUCCAUAUGUGUUGUUUGCAUCUGAAGGACUUCUUAAUACUCCAGAAAUACUUCAGUUGUUAGAAUCCAACUAUAAUAUCACAUUAGUGGAGAGAUGCUGCAGUGAGUCGAUGAAAUUCUUUGGAAGUACGGAGUAUUAUGUAGUAGUGACAGUUGAUGAACACACUGCCAUAAUUUUGCAGGAUCUAGAAGAAUUGAAUUGUGAGAAGGCAUCAGACAACAUCAUUAUGAGACUGAUGGCAUUAUCAUUCCAGUACAGCUAUUGUUGGAUAAUUUUAUAUGCCAAAAAAACAAACUCAGAGUAUUAUCUUACAGAAAAGACACUUCAUCACCUAGCACUGAUUUACGCAGCUUUAGUUUCAUUUGGACUAAAAUCAGAAGAGCUGGAUGUAAAGCUAAUAAUUGCUCCAGGGGUGGAAGAGACUGCAUUGAUAAUCCGACAAAUUGCUGACCACAAUUUAAUGACUUCAAAGAGAGAUCCUCAUGAAUGGUUGGAUAAAUCCUGGCUUGAAGUUUCACCAUCUAAGGAAGAAAUGUACUUACUUGAUUUCCCAUGUAUUAACCCAUUGGUGGCUCAGCUCAUGUUACGUAAAGGACCUUCACUCCACUGGAUAUUAUUAGCAACUCUUUGUCAACUUCAGGAACUCCUACCUGAAGUUCCAGAAAAAGUGUUAAAGCAUUUUUGUGACAUCACUUCCUUAUUCAAGAUUAGUUCUUCUCCCGUAACAAAAUCACCUCAAAUGUCAUCACCUCGGGAAAAUAGGAAUCAAACCAGUACCUUCCCUUCUCAGAGUUCAGCUACUGACUCUUUAGACUCUGCCAUUCAAGAACAUGAAUAUUACCAGAAUUUACACUUAGGAGAGACAGUCCAGGAAGAAACAAACAGCACUUCAAACUAUAACCUUUCUCUGAUGGAACUAAGAGAAAGAGAAAUGCCGUGUGUUUUACCAUCUGUGACUUCUUACAGUCAGACCAGCUAUUGGAAAGACUCCAGUUGUAACCCUUACAUAGAGAAAAAUUCUUUUCUGGUUGAUAUGGAAUCAAGGAACUCAGCUGGUAACUCCUUUCUAAACCAGAAUGAUUCACAGACAGAUGUCUUUUCUUUAGAUCUAACACAAAUGAAUUGUGAAAGCAGAAUAUCACCAAUCAACACUCAGAAGAGAGUUUCCCUUAAUUUUAUAAGUUAUCAGAAAAAGGGAACACAUGAAGCAAAAAGACCUAUAAAUAAAGAAGAAUUUGCCCCUGUCUUUUCAUUAGAAGGCUCUCAAUCACCUCCUCAUUGGAGCUUUAAGGAAAAUGUAUGGGAACAACAGAAUCACUCAUUCAACCUACAGUAUGGUUCAGAGGAGACUGUGUGUGACAAAUGGUACUCUCGGAAAGAUAAUUUAUUCACUAACCAGCAAAAAUGUCUAUCAGAUGAGUUAGAAGGCCUCCUAUACAGAAGUUCAAGUGCUGGGACUAAAGAGACUUUCUGGAAAGAAUUACCAUCUGUCCCCAGUUUGGAUUUGUUUUGUGCUUCUGAUUCUAAUAUAAAUCAAAAAGAAUUCAACAGUCUUUAUUUCUACCAAAGAGGUAGAGCAUGUUUAGGACAGAAAAGGCAUGCUGAACCUUCAUCUAACUCAGGAGACAGGAAAUCAUUAACAGAUCUCAUGAGUUCACAACUACCACAAUUCAAAAAGCGACGUCUAAUGUAUGAAAAAGUCCCUGGUAGAGCUGAUGGACAAACUCGUCUGAGGUUUUUUUGAAAAAGAAAGAAUAGUGCUACAUGCCACAUCCCAUUGUUUUUGUUGAUAGGCCAAUCACAGAAUGAUUUAGAGUUGGUCAUAACUUAAAGAAAAUGCAAUUGUUCUUAGAUGUUCUCGGUUUUCUAUAUUAAAUGUUCAUAAUAUACAUUCUGCCCCAUAGUUUGCAUAUUCAAAUAUUCUGGAUAGACCCUUGUUAGGGGCCAAAAGUGUGAGUUCAGCCUCCAAGGUCCUUUCCCAAACACCUCAUCACGUGGAAUUGAUUGGAACAGCCCCAACUCCCCAGAUUGGCUCAGAAAUUUCGAUUCUUUCUCUGAGAGUAUUUCAUUUUCCUGUGAGCUUUUCAUGUUAGAGGGAGUUACUUGCAUUUAGGUUCAUUGCUGGCGAUAGUGAUGCUGGCUUUUGACGUCUUGUGAGAGGCCUCACUCCCAAGUUCCAAGGCCCAGUUCAAACUUUGUAGACCUCACCAGAAUAUCACCUGUCUCUGCAAUUGUGAUGGACAUAAGAUACUCCUCUUUCCACUGAAACAUCAUACCCCUGGGAUCAACACUAGGGUGUUCCACCCCUUGCCUCUCAUUGUAGGAGCCUGGAUUCUCCCCAAAUAUUGAACCCCAACCUAAAACAAGGGAUGCAACAAAUGGAGUAGCCUGAGUUGAAGGGGAUGGGGAAUGCAGAUUGUAGCAAUACAAAAUGAAGGCUGAAAAAAAUACGUUUUUCUGUCUUUUGCUUUUUUAUUUGGUUUGUUAUU